UAUUAGGCAAAAAUGUGAAUUAAACUUCAACAUAUUUGAAUGUCUGGCCCUCAAGGUGUCUGUUGACUUUGCAGCAUGUAGGCUGAAAGUAUUAAAGUCACUUUUUCAGUUAAGCCCCUUUAUUGGGCACACACACUAUAGUAUUUAAAUAAAGUAGGCUACUUGAUUAUCAAAAUAAUUGCAUUGGAUUACCUUUCGGUAUGUAACAGUGACAUUUUUGAGCUAAAUGCUCUCUUGUUUUUAUUUUUACAGAUCCGUGUGCUGUGAGGAUGAUGUGGAAGUGCAAAUAUUGCGAGUAUAUGUGUGAGAAAAGGGGUUACCUUUUAAAACAUUAUAGAUUAAAACACGGAAACUAUGGUAGAACUGUCACAUUUCCCUGCUUACACCAAGAAUGUGUGUGUACAUUCAACUCCAUUAAUGCACUUAAGGUCCACUUAGCAAAGAUUCAUCAGAAAACCCAGGGUACACAACUGAGUGAAACUGCCCAAGUAACCUUGCGCUGUCUGUCAUGUGAUUUUUCUGCACCCUGCACUGAAGCAGUCUUUCUCAGUCACCUGCGCAAAACACAUUUGAAAGUAAAACACACAGUUCAGUGUCCGUAUAAUGGAUGUAACUUUCACACUAAUGUGUAUUCCACAUUUAAUGCACACAGAAGUAAAGAACACAAAACACACACCUGGAGGAUGUUCAGACCAGAAAUAUUUUCUAGUAGUGUAACUAAUGAAACAGCCCAAGAAGAACAUGAGCCUCCAAAUGUCAGCACUGAAUUAGAAGACAGUGAGGAUUCUACCUAUGAAGAUCUUCAUGAUCUAGAGAAACAGUUGGAGCACAACCUAGCAGCUCUUUUUUUAAAGAUGCAAACGGUCCUUCACAUUCCUGAAAGUACACUGCAACAUAUCAUACAACAGCUUUUACAGAUGUGUGAACUAUCCCAGCCACUGCUGUAUAAUGCAGUCAAGAACAUUCUGAAACAACAUACAGAUGUUGAUGAUUCAGUUGUGGAAGAGUUAGUCAGGGCUGCUGCAAAGAGCAAUCUCAUCAUGAAAUUCUGUGGCAAGGAUGGCCCCUUAUCUACCACAAAAAGGAGAGCAGCCUAUGUGAAUAAAAACUUCACAGAGGUUAAACCAGUAGAGUACAUUAUUGAAAGAGGAAAAAGAUCUAGUGUUGUAUAUGUUCCUCUGCAUCCAAUGCUACAGAAGAUGUUGAAUAGGGCAGACAUUUUGGACAAAGCUCUUCACAUCCAGAAGCGUGUGCAACAUGAGUACAGUACAUACAGAGAUGGCUCAUACUGUAAUGACAAUGACUUCCUCAAAGGGGAGGAAUUCAAAAUCGCUCUUGGACUUUACACAGAUGAUUUUGAAGUGUCCAAUCCUUUAGGAACAUCUAGAAAGAAACACAAAAUGACUGCAGUGUAUUGGGUGAUAGCAAAUGUGCCAUCACAGUACAGAUCCACACUCCACUCCAUUCAGCUUGCUCUUUUGUGUAAAGUCUCUGAUGUAAAAGAGUUUGGCUACACUAAAAUUCUCCACCCUCUCAUUCAAGAUCUGGCUUCUUUGGAGCAACAUGGUGUAUAUGUUGAGAAGUUAGGAGAAUGUGUCAAAGGUACUGUGUUAUAUGUGGCUGCUGAUAACUUGGCUGCACAUUCACUGGCAGGAUUCUUUGAAAGCUUCAUAGUGGACAGAUUCUGCAGGUUCUGUAUGGCUACAAGAAGCGAGAUGCAAGAGAAGGAGGUAAACUCGGGUGCUUUUGAACCCCGCACUAUAGACACUCACAACCAGCAGGUGCAGGAGGUAAAGCAGGAUCCCACUUUGGCUAAACGGUAUGGUGUAAAAGGAGGGUGUACAUUGACUGACUGUCUGGAGCACUUUCAUGUUGUUCGUGGGUACCCCCCGGACAUCCUGCAUGACCUUUUCGAAGGCAUUGUUCCUGUUGAGCUGUCCCUCUGCAUUUCAGACAUGAUUUCUAAGAAAUAUUUUACCAUAGAGACACUGAACCAUGCCAUGAAAACUUUUGAAUAUGCCUUUCAUGACAAAACUGACCAGCCUCAGCCAGUUGCCCAUGGCUUCUCUACCAAAGGAACCAUAGGUGGCAAUGGACAUGAGAAUUGGGCCCUACUCAGGCUGCUCCCACUCAUCAUUGGCCAUAAAGUACCUGAAGGAGACAAUGCGUGGAACGUUCUGCUGCUCCUAAAAGACAUUGUUGAGUUGGCUGUGGCAACAAAGCACACUGAGGAAUCUGUACAUUUCCUUGAUUGCAAAGUGUCAGAACACAGAGAACUGUUGCAAACAACAUUCCCAGAUUUUAGAUUACGACCAAAACACCACUACAUUGAGCAUUACCCUGAGAUGAUCAAGGCAUUUGGUCCACUUUCAGAUGUUUGGACAAUGCGCUUUGAAGGAAAACACAAAUUCUUCAAACGGGUCAUUCGUAAUGCCCACAACUUCAAAAAUGUGGCUCUUACAUUGGCUGUUAAACAUCAAAAAAUGAUGGCUUACUAUUUGGACACAAGUUUAUUUUUCAAGCCAUCAGUUGAAAUGGACAAGGUCACCACAGCAUCAGUCACAUCUUAUCCUGCAAAUAUCCAACAGGUUUUCUGCCAGAGAGCUCCUCAGCUUGCAUCAGUUUUAGUUGCAUCAUCAGUCUAUGUAGAUGGAAUUAGAUAUUGUGCUGAUAUGAUAGUCUCUGCUGGUUCAUGCUCUGGCCUCCCUACCUUCAAGCAGAUCAAACAGAUUGUGGCAAUCAACACUGAGAUCCUGUUUGUUUGCAGUGAGAUGACUGCAUGGUACCAUGAGCAUUUGAGAUCUUUCGAACUCAUCAGUGAGAGCAGUAACCCCCCUCUGUGUGUGGUGCAACUGAAAGAGCUGAAUGAUGCUUUCCCUCUUUCAGCAUACAGAUAUGGCAAUAACUUAGUAGUGACCCUCAGGCGCUAUAUUCUGUGUUAAGAAGCCACUGUGAUUUCUGCAAUCAGUCUAGGCUGUAAUAGAACAUUUUGUAGCUUUUUUUUUUUUUUUUUUAGCUCAUGUUGAAAUUUAGAAUGACACAGUUCCAAUUUAAUUUUAUUUACCCCUAGGAUCUCAAUGGAAAUCAACAUUUUUUCUUGUAAAUUUGCGAGUGUGAUUUUUGAGAAUUCCCAAGUUUUUUUUUUUUUACAGAUUACUCAUAGGUUGGUCCAUAAAAUGGUAAUCAGUGUUUAUCAAAGCCCAGUGUGACAUCCUCAAAUAUUUCGACUUGAAAUCAAUUAUGAAAAUAAUUCUUGAUGAUACAUUGCACCUCUACAUAAACACUAAAAAAAGUGCACUGAACUUAUGCAAUCAACUUAUUAAUCAACCAUUUUUGUGAUGCACAUAGCAAUGACUCAGCAAUUGACUGUGCUUUUGGAUAUGUAUAUUUCUAAUGACCUAAUUUUUGUUUCUAUUCCCAAGAUGACUACAAACCCGAAGAUGACCCUGAGGGUCAUUCUAACAGCGACAGAUAUACGAAAAGUAAUCCUAAAUACAAGGCCUACUACAGUUGAAGAUUUCAUUAGCAAGCUUAAAGAAGCACUGGGACUUCAUUAUAACUUCAGUCUUCAAUAUCAAGAUCCUGAGUUCAAUAAUGAACUAUGCAAUCUGACAGAUACUGAAGAACUUCCCGAAAAACCAACAGUCAAAGUCAUCCCUGUCCUUGAGAUGGUACCUGCCUCAUCUGAUGAAAUCUUCAGUCACACUCCCAGCACAGCAGAUACAGAGAUACUCUCACACUCAUCUCAGGAGCGACAGAAACAGUGGCCAGAAUUUUUUGAUAUCCCAACCUUUUCUGUUGAUGUAGAGUAUAGACUUAGGCAAGCUGAUUUGCUGUUUAUGAGUGAUGGUACAUACCUUAAAGUAUCAAAAGAACUAAAACAUGAGAUCCUUGAAAGAUUGGCAGAGAGCAUGUAUAGCUACACAGCAUACCCAACUGCUGCUCAGUUUGAAAGUGUUGCUGUAGCACUGAUAAGCAAGCACCCUUGUCUCCAGGAGCGAGGCUCAACCACUCGCUGUUGUGGUUGGAAAAAUAGUCUCAAACAUAAAAUGGCUAAUUAUAGAACAAAACGUAGGCAAUCAGGAUGCCUAGAUGUUGCAGUAAAUGCCGGUAAGCGAGGAAGACAUACAGCAGAAGGACAACCAGCUAACAAGCGUAUCAAGAAAGCAAAGAAAGGUGAAAUCAACUACUUGCCCAACUUUCCUGAUGGAUUUGAUCAGGCAGCCCUGGAGGGAGUCUGCAAAGACUUGGUUGAUGAAAUGCAGAAGAGAACACCAAAUGGACCUCUUGUGAAAAAGAAGAUGGACCAGACGUUUGCUCUGAGAAGAAAAGAGGUGGUGGACUCGGAACCUGCAAUAAGCACGAUGGUGAAACGCUGGCCCGCCCUUUUCACUGAAGAUGAGGUGUUCAUGGAGUUCAGCAGGAUUGUGGGCAAAAACCUCAAGCAGGAAUUCUAUGAGAGCAUCGAUCGGCACAGUCCUCGUCUCCUCGAGAUAUUUCGAUCCAAGAGAGGGAAUAUCGGGCAGUUGUUGACACAUAUGUCACAACAGACCAAUACCACAGAGCCAACUGCAAUCCGGACACAGGUGCUCAGAGGGCUUCCUAUCAUCCUUGGGGAUAACCCCACAAACUUCUUCAAAGUAGGCUUUGAGUCUGAUGAUGAUGAUUGCUUUCGUGACCUCGACAUUGGGAUACUUCUCAUUGAGCGUGAAGGUACUGUGUUUACAUCUUCCCUGCAUCUCAGCCCUGCCUCGUUGAAAAUCAUCAUUGAGGGACAAGUUGUGAUGGACAACAUUCAAGAUCUGCCAAACGCAAUGUGCAUUCUGUUUGGACUCACAUAUGCACUCCAUCUGGACUACCCAAAGACUAUGAAGCUCACAUUUCAGUUCAUCCAACAGGUAUUGCUGUCAUUGGGCCACACUGACCUAAAACCAAGGCUACAGACUCUGAAAAAUCAGCUUGAAAUGUAGAACAUGUGAGGUCUACUGUGAGAAGCUGUUGACUAAACAAGCAAAACAGUCUCUGCUGACCUGUCCAGUAAACUAGACAGACACACAAAACACAAACAUAUGCACACAAACAACACAGACACAUAAAAUACCACACAUACAGCACAGCACAUACACUUAAAUGCUGUAGGAAGCAUUUUGAAAUAUGUUGCUUUUGUGAACGUUAAAAUGUUCUGGAGUUGCAGCAGAAAGACAAUUGUUUCAGUUCUUGUUGCAUCAUCAGUCUGUGGAGAUGGAGUUAAAUAUUGUGCUGAUCUGCAAGUCUCUGUUGGUUCAUGCUCUGGCCUCCAGACAUUUAGGCAGGGCAAAGAGUUACAAUUAACACUGAGAUCCUGUUUGAAAUUUCUGGUACAUUUGAGUGGGGGUUUCCUGCGAAUUUGAAUUUUUCUAUGGACUUAACACUUUAACCUCAAGGGACAUCCAUGUUGUUUUCUUGUAAUUUUGUGACACAUUCACACACACAAACAACACAGACACAGACAACACCCACAGACUACUUGGACACAUACAACACAAACAAUCAACACAGGCGCACACAACACAAACACUGAAUUGUUUCAAUGAUUAGAAAUGAUUUUUUAUUUUUCUAUUUACAUGUGUUGAUGUUAAUCUGAAGUUUGUCAAUACAAGUUUGGCUGUGUUUUGAGUGUUAUGCCAUUUUUCUUAAAAAAUAAAAUGCAUUUGAGCAUUUA